AAUUAAUUCACAUAUAUACAUACAUUCUACCCCAGGUACGAGGCUGGCACUAUACUUAUUGUCAAGAUAUAGCCUCUAGAAGGCGUUCGCCAUAAAUCCCACCCUGCCCCGCACCACCACACCACACCACACCACACCACACUACUCCAGUUACCUCCUCACAUCUACAUAAUCAGGCAAUCAAUCAAUCCCUCCUCGAUUCUCUCUCUCUCUCUCUCUCUCUCUCUCUCACACCCACAAAUGGCUACGAACUCACUCCACCGACGAAUCGCGGCGCUUCCGCAUCUCCCCCCUUCCAUCCGAUGCCUGCAACACUCACGACCGCCCCCAAUUGCACACAGACACCUGCAACUCGCGCGAUCCCCGAAUGCGCACCGAUACGCAUCGUCCGACGCGGCUGCCACCCAAGAACCCGCCCAAGAAGCACCGAAGAACGCGCGGCGCGGAGUCCGAAGAACAGUGCUGGGGACUUCGCUGGCGCUCGCGCUUUUGGCUGGGUAUGUGUAUGUCACGGAUACGCGGGCCAGCGUGCAUCGCUACGGCGCUGUGCCGUUGAUUCGGCUGUUGUAUCCGGAUGCAGAGGAUGCGCAUCAUCUCGGGGUGGAUUCGUUGAAAACUUUGUAUAAGUAUGGGUUGCAUCCUCGGGAGCGGGGGGGGCUGGAUGCGGAUGGGGUUCUUGAGACUGAGGUCUUUGGUUACACUCUUUCCAACCCCAUUGGAAUCUCCGGUGGACUGGAUAAGCAUGCCGAGAUCCCUGAUCCGCUCUUUGAGAUCGGUCCUGCCAUUGUCGAAGUCGGCGGUACGACGCCUCUGCCGCAGGAGGGGAACCCGCGUCCCCGCGUCUUCCGGGUGGUUUCUCAGAAGGCCAUGAUCAAUCGAUACGGGUUGAACUCCAAGGGAGCGGAUCAUAUGGCUGCUAUUCUGGAGCAGAGAGUUCGCGACUACGCCUACGCUAAUGGGUUUGGACUCCAUGACUUGGCCGAGCAGCGUGUUCUCGAUGGGGAGGCCGGUGUGCCCCCCGGCAGUCUGCGCCCAGGAAAAUUGCUAGCCGUGCAGGUCGCCAAGAACAAGGCCACUCCCGACGGCGAUAUCGAAGCGAUUAAGCGCGACUAUGUGUACUGCGUAGAUCGCGUUGCCAAAUACGCCGAUAUCCUCGUUGUCAACGUGUCGAGCCCCAAUACUCCCGGUCUGCGUGAUCUCCAGGCCGCGGCCCCCCUCACUGCUAUCCUCAAAGCCGUAGUCGGAGCCGCAAAGAGCGUCGAUCGCAAAACCAAGCCUUCCGUGAUGGUCAAGGUUAGCCCCGACGAGGACUCGGACGAGCAGGUCUCUGGCAUAUGCGACGCAGUUCGGGACUCUGGCGUCGACGGCGUUAUUGUUGGAAACACCACCAACCGUCGCCCCGACCCUCUGCCCCAAGGCUAUGCUCUCUCGCCAAAGGAACAAACGACGUUGAAACAAACAGGUGGAUACUCCGGCCCUCAGCUCUUCGACCGCACAGUGGCGCUCGUAGCCCGCUAUCGCUCCAUGCUGGAUGCCGCGGCCUCGGAACAACCCGGAGCUGCUGUCGCGGAAUUAGUAGAGCCUGGCUCGGAGAACGUUCCUUCUGGAGUGGAACCUACUAGCAGCACUGCCAGUGAACUUCCGCGCAAGGUCAUCUUCGCUUCUGGAGGAAUCACCAAUGGCAAGCAAGCCAAGGCUGUUUUGGAUGCUGGCGCGUCCGUUGCGAUGAUGUAUACGGGCGUUGUUUAUGGUGGGGUUGGUACCGUUACCCGUGUCAAACAGGAACUGCACGAGGAGAAACAGCAGGUGCAGAAGUAAAUAUAACAGUAAUGCAUGCAUGGAUUUAUGCGUAGGUUGGGAAAGAAAACAGCAUGGGGAUGAAUAUGGUUAUUGUAAAUAGUCUAGAUCAGUUGUAGGAGUUAAAAAGCAUGCAUAUGUCUCUUUGCAUCUCUGUGGUUGUACGCUGAGUAUUUUAGAAUAUCAACCAGUUAGUUCGAGGAUGAUUCAUUCAUUGACAGUGUUCGUGUUCGUAUGCAUUUUCCUUGGAUUGUUUCUAAGAA